CCUGGUUGUUGGUUUUUUUAUUUAAAAAGCAGAGCAGACUAUGUUUCGCAGCAUGUGGUUAAUUUUUCUGCGCUUGUUUUAGGCAUAGCGCAUAAAGAAGCUUUGGAGCAAUCGUAAAAGGUCUUGUGGAUAGAGAGAUGGGUGCAUCAGGGUGAGAAUGUAAGUACAUGACGCAGGGCAUUCUGCACGAUAAGUGCAUUGCUCUAUGCACUUCCUUUCUUACCCUGGCACACCCAAGGAAGAAGUGUUACGAUCAGGGUUGCUUCAGUUGGUCAUGUCUAAGUUCAGCAACAUUAUGUAACAAUAAAAUUAAGUAAGCUAAUGUACAGAAUGACCAGAUUACUGAUUCAGUCUCUGUCUCUUCAUGACUGAUAUUUUCAUGUUUAGCGAUCAUGGACAACGGAAGCCAGAAUUCAUCGUACAACUGCAGCCUUCCCUUUGACAAUGACCGACUUCCACUUCUUAUUCUGUAUGGCAUGGUUCUCACUGUGGGAGUACCUGCUAACCUUGUCACCGUCUAUUUGACUUUCCUCGAGGUGCAAAAGAAGAAUGUCUUGGGAAUCUACCUGCUGAGUCUGUCUGUGUGUGAUCUGAUGUACUUAGGCACACUACCUACAUGGGCCAUUUACAUAAACAGUAACCACAGCUGGCACUUCGGCUCUCUGGCUUGUAAGAUGACAGGCUACAUCUUCUUUAACAACAUGUAUGUUAGCAUCUUCCUCUUAUGCUGUGUGUCUGUGGACCGUUAUAUUGCUGUGGUAUAUUCAUUGAAAUCUCGAGGUUUGAGGCAGAUGAGAUCAGCUGUAAUAGUCACCACAGUGAUUGUAGUUUUAGUGGCACUGGGCCACAUGCCGGUGUUUACCAUGUCAGAGGGUGAAACAGAGACGAAACAGGAAAAGCGUUGCUUUGAGCCUGGACAGAACACAGCCACUGUGACUGCCUUUAACUACGCCCGCUUUUUUAUCGGGUUCUUCAUUCCACUGUGCAUUCUGCUGGUCACCAACCGUGCCAUUUUCUGUAUAGUCAAAGCCAGUGAUGGCUUGAGUCCUGAUCAGAAGAUUAAAGUCCGUUACCUCGUUCUGGCAGUAAUAUUGUUCUUUCUGGUCUGCUUCGCCCCCUAUCACAUUAUUCUUUUGGUACGGGCCGUCAGUUUUCAUUUCUCAGAUAGGUCUUGUGCCUUUGACAGAACACUUUACACACCUUACAGCAUCUCUCUGGGACUGUCCACACUUAACAGUGCUAUGAAUCCGAUUCUGUAUGUGCUGGCCAGUGACAACAUGCGCAAGGAGAUAUGCAGAAGCGUGUGCUGCACGUGCAGUGGCCUCUUUUCUAGACAAGAUACAGGAGCAGCACUGUCAUCACCGGGGGAAGAUCAGAGAAACUUUUCUGGGCUAAGGUCAAGUGGAGGGACACAGGAGCUUUUAGUGAUCAGAUGACAUGUAGAAUAAUACCAUGUGAACUAUGCCUCUCUAAAGAAACUGUGAUGGCCAAUAAAGUUAUGUACAUUUAAUAGGUUUUGUGUGUGUUCUUAAAGGGCCUUUUCUCGUAUACAUUGUGAUAUGCAUCAGCUGUCAUUAGUUUAACCAAAGUAGUAAAAUUUGAUAUUUUCAUUCUGAGAAAAAAAGUUUUAAACAUUUAACAAGGUUUAGGGAUAUAAUCAUAUAAUAUCAGAGAAACUGUUUGCGUCUCAGGUCUAUAUAUUAUAUGGUCUAGCUGCUACACACAGUAAAAAAACGACAAAUGUCUCGAACGGUUGUUAGAUCUUGUCAAAACCACACUUCUUGUUUUAGCAGGAAAUGGUCUGAUGCACGUAAAGGGAACAUUUUUUUUUUUUUUAGGUUCUUUUUACUUAACACGUGCAUAGCAUGAGCCGGCAAGAAAUGGGAAAUUAAUUUUUGGAAAUCCCACUACAUAUUUAACAAAACAUUCUGCUUCUGGAUCUAUAACAUUGUUGUAUGGAUGAUUAUUGAAUUGUUAUAGCCACAGUAGAUACAGGUACCUGAAUUUCUUCUGGUUUAUCUUUUGACAAGAUCUUUAUAGGCCAUUAAUCUUAACGAAUGUUAUUAUUAUAUUCUUAUAUUUAUGUUUAAGCCAUGCUGCAAAAAAUACACUCAGUUUAUAUUUAUCUAUUUUUUAUCUUAACUAAAUAUAAUAAUAAAUAAUAAUAAAUAUUUAAAUUAAGCCUGGUGCAUAAUGCUGCCCAUUAUGAUAUGCAUCUUAUCACUAAAGUGAAAAAUGGCAGUUUUUGAACAGGCAUUCCUGGAAAAGGCCAGACUGUUUUCCAAUAUACAACUUUGCAGUUACAGUAAGCAUGUACCCUCAAAUUCAUUUUUGGUUAAAUUCUUGGUGACCAGAAUAUAAACCAAUAAUGGGGAAUCUGUGGUUGUAGUUCAUCUACCUCAAGGUUCAACAUAGAAUGCUUUUCUUCACACUGGUGUGAUUCUAAGAGCAGACCAUUAGGGUGGCUCAGCUACAAUGACAAUGUAACAUUUAUAGUGUCUUGCUCUUAAUACCUUGCUAUUAAUAGUAAUUCUUAUUUUAUUAUUAGUAUUAUUCUAAUAUGAUUUUUUAAAUAUUUUAAUUAACACAAUAUUAGUAUUACUAGUGACCAGCAUUAUAUUGUUGUUAAAAACUACUUUCCUACUAAAAUAAAUAGUAUUGCCUGCAAAGUAUUCAAACAUUUUAUUGUAAUCUAUUUUCGUGUAUAAUAAUAAUAAUAAUAAUAAUAAUAAUAAUAAUAAUAAUAAUAAUAAUAAUGUCAUCAAUACACAGCUUAGUUAUGUGAAAUCACUGUGGAGUCUACUGCAGUGAAUACGGCCAAAACUAAAGCUGCGUGGGCAUUAGGCCUUUUACUAUGUACUGUAGUCUUCACACCUUUGUCAUCUUGCUUACUUUUUCGCUUUCUGUUGUCUCCAUCCUGCUCUCUCUCUCUCUCUCUCUCUCUCUCUCUCGCUCUCUCUCUCUCUCUCUCUCUAUGUGUGCUGUCAACCAAAACUUAACAACCCAACAGAAUGAUUUAUAAUUAACUGUAAAUACAGAAUAAGGUACAAAUUCUAUCAGAACCAGAAACUGCCUUUUUUGGGCAUUAACUUGAAUGAUUUACGAAAUGAUGCUGUCACUAUGUUAUAUAUUUUUGAGUGAAAUGUAGCCUUUAGACCAGAUGUUCUUGUCUUUUGCCUAGCAAGAUUUGGUAAUGUUAAUGAGAUAUUAAUGAUAAGGUUGGCAUCUAUUCGGGUGCAUGUAUAAAAACAAAAGGAUGUGUCUGAGGUGUCAAAGUUUGAGAUGUACCGCAUCGUUGAAGCCAUUCUACUAUUGACUGUUGAUGUCACUCACACAUUGCAAUCACAUCCUGUUUUGCACACUUUGGGAAGUUUUUGACAUUAAAGAAUUUCAAGUACAAGUUGUGCCCGUUCAGAAAGUCUGUGUUGACUGUACACUUCAUCAGUGAGCUUAGUAGCCUUAUUGCAAAGACUGGGGUUAUUUGAUGCCCAGUGAGUGGCUACCUUUUCCUAAUAACCCUUUCAAAAAAAAAAAAAUCACAGAAAUUUUAGAUGUGAUUGGGAGAUUACAUAUGCAAAAUAUAAUGUUAAAUCUAAAAUUAACAUGCAAAUUAUGUGAUUAUUCAGAUGUAAAUUUCAUGCAACUUUUCUGUAAUGGAAAACUUAAAGUAGUGUUUUUGCAUAUGAAGGCUUUGGUGUUAUACUUAAACUAUUAUUUCCUAUGUCUUAUUUAUACUUCAUAAAAAUAUAUUAUAAUGGUAUAGUAGAUUAUAAUAUAUUCAGACAAGCAGUUGAAAUUUUAGAGUCUAUUUAGGAUCUUACCGCAUGAAAGAGUUUUACUUCUCCAAAUGUUUUGAUUUCUUGUGAUAUUUGCAUAUUAAGUGGUUUGAAUCUUUUAUAAUAGAAUUGUACAUUAAUUUGCACAGGUGUUACUAUUUUGGUGGUCAAUGAGUGUACAUUAUCUCUCUGCCUAGCUUUUGUAUCCUGUCUUCUGCUACAGUGUAAAAAAAAGUGGGCAAAAGUGAAAAUAACAAGAGAGCUGGGAGAAAAAAUAGACAUGGGGCUUUUUUUUAAAAAGAGAACGGAUGAGUGUAGAUCGCAUAAUCUUUUUGCACUGUGUUAUAGAUGCCACGAUGUGAUAAAUAUAGAAAUAUGUGCCAAGUAGCUCACAUAAUACUGCAAAGAAUAUACCUGUUUCAUGCUUAUAGAUUAUGUAACACAUAUCAAAAAAGUA